CCCUAUCUAUUCUCCAUGUUUCCAGCUGUAUGUUUCUUUAGUGACUUUAUGCUAGAUAUAUGUAAGAAAAGUUUGAGAAAAUAAGUGAGGAAGCUCUUCUAGUCCUUGAGGAGUAAUAUUUUCCAGCAGUUGUUUGCUGCAUUUUUCUUCCUUUCUCUAACAAAAUCUGGUAUCAGAGAUCAGUUCCAUGUCUUCUACGUCUGGUACUAUGUUUUCUUACUCUCAAAGUCAAGUACCUAUCUUUGAGGGAGAAAACUAUGGGUACUGGGCUGAUCAAAUGCGUUUCUUCUUCAUAUCUCGUGAUCUAUGGGAGAUUAUUGAAGAAGGAUUUGAAGAAUCCACAGCAGCAAGCACAAGUUCAGAAUCUUCCUCUCAAAGACAAUCUCAAGACAAAGAAAAUAAGAAGAAGAAUGCUCUUGCUUUGAGCUAUUUGCAUCAAGGGGUCAGCAAAUCAAUUUAUCCAAGACUAUUUGGAAUUUCCAGCGCAAAGACUGCAUGGGAGAGGCUUCAAAAGGAGUUUCAAGGCAACAACAAAGUUGUCUCCAUUAAAUUACAAUCCUUAUGGAGAGACUUUGAAAAUAUUCACAUGAAAGAGACCGAAUCUGUAAGAGAUUUCACCUCUAAAGUUGCUGAAAUUGUGAAUCAAAUUCGGGCAUAUGGAGAUACUUUGGAAGAAAAGAAGAUAGUUCAGAAAAUGCUUAGAAGCUUGCCUUCCAAAUUUGAUCAUGCAGCUGCAGCCAUAGAAGAGUCAAAGGAUCUUUCCACUUUGACUAUGUUCGAUUUAUGUGGUUCUUUGGAAUCACAUGAAGCUAGAAUAAAGAAAUCAUCUUCCCAAUCCUUGGAACAUGCUUUUCAGUCCAAGGUGAAUGUCUCUAGAGGUGAAAACCAACUGAAAAGAAACAAUCAUGGCCAGGACAGAGGUCAAACCAGCCAAGGAAGAGGCCGUGGGAGAGGACGCAGCCGUGGAAGGGACUUCCAAUCACAACGGCAACAUAAUUCUGGUACUUAUUGUAUCAUUUGCAAAAAAACAAAUCAUGCAUCGGCAGAUUGUUAUCAUAAAUGCAAACAAUGCAAAAUUCCAAACCACUCCCAGAGAGAUUGCUGGCACCAAAAAGGAGAAAGGCAAGAAGCCAAUUUUACAAAAGAACAUGAAAAAGAGCAAGUGUUCCUUACUUGUUUGAAUGCUUCAACAAAAGAAGAUAAAGUAUGGUUUGUUGAUAGUGGUUGUAGCAACCAUAUGACCGGGAAUAAGGAGAUAUUUGUGGAGCUUGAUGAGAGCAUCAACAAUCAAGUGAUUUUAGGAGAUGGAAAGGCUGAAAAGAUUCAAGGAAAGGGUGUUGUUGCUAUUAACACCAAAACAGGCCAGCAAAGGUGGAGAUGACUACCAAUAAAGUUUUUCCUCUUUCCUUAUCAUACUCUAAAGACAUGGCAUUGCAAGCUGAAGAGGAUGAAUCUAAUUUGUGGCAUUUGAGAUAUGGCCACUUGAAUCAAAAAGGGCUGCAUUUGCUACA